GACGUCACAGGUUGAAGACACGCCAGAUCCCUUCAUCGGUAACUGAAGUGUUACAUAUUUUAGUUUUUCACUCUUGCCAUUAGAAAGCCGCUAAUUGUCAUUAGAAACCAACUGUGGCGAGUUCACGGGGCCGCCCGGCUCGUGCUACGUGUGAUGCGUUCAUGAGCGUCGUAAACGGGAGCGGCUGUCAUUCUUCUUCGGUCCCUUCGGCAGAGACUCAGCAUCCAUUAAGAGCAUCCGCGGUCGCGGUCACAUCGCCGCAUCCGAGCCAGAGCGACCGCUCGUCAGCGGGAUGCCGGGCAGCGAGGCGGUGUUUCGGUGUGGAGACCCGACGCUGGAGCCCACCUUCCCCCUGCCUGCUUGCUUUCGGAGGGCGGCGGAGCGCCGGAGGAUGACGACGGGAGGAGACAAAUAAACACUCGAUCAUCGCUGGCUUUAGCGGGCUAACGCUAGCUAGCUAGUUAGCUUAGUGGCUGUUUUUCUUACCUAGGAACCCCCCCUCCCUCCCUGCCUCGCCAAUAAACCCCCCCACGCCAUUCCCCGCCGAUGUGGAGACAUGCUGGAGGCGAGGAGGACAUUUGUGUCAAGGAGAAAGCAUCUUUGCUGUCGACGAGCCUGACGGCUGCGGCGCUAAGCUAGCUGUUUUUCGUCAUUUUGCUUCCCCCCCCCCCCCACCACCACCACCGCCACUGAUGAGGAUGCUAGCAGAGGAGAGCGACUGAAGGAGCACCUGAACACAUCCAUCAAGGUCAUGACACUGAGAGAAUGAUCAUGCUGGAAAAACAGAGCUCAACGCAGGAGAUUGGCGAGGAGGUGGAGGACGACGCCAUCUUCACCAUCACGCUGAGGAAGGUGCAGCUCCACCACUCGUCCAGCAAGGGGCAGCGAUGGCUGGGCGUGGAGACGGACUCGGCCCUGAGUCUCUACGAGACCUGCAAGGUCCGCACCAUCAAGGCGGGCACGCUGGAGAGGCUGGUGGAGUACAUGGUGACGGCCUUCCGGGGCAAGGACUCCACCUACGUCACCAUCUUCCUCUGCACCUACCGCUCCUUCGCCACCACCAAGCAGGUGCUGGACCUCCUGCUCAACAGGUACGCGAGGCUCCAGAACGUUCCAGUGGCGGCGGCCCAUCGCGUCUCCCAGGACGAGCGCACCGAGUUGAGAAACACGGUGUCGUCCAUCCUGGGCGCCUGGCUGGACCAGUACUCCGAGGACUUCUGGAGUCCUCCAAACUACGACUGCCUGCACCAGCUCCUGUCCUACCUUCACCUCCACUUCCCCGGCUCCGACCUGGAGCGUCGCGCCCGCAACCUGCUGGCUCACUUCCACCGCCGGCAGCAGUGCGAGCCUGACCCUGACGGGGACCACAUGGGCUGUCCUUUCGCCACGCAGGAAGAGAGCGGCUUUGAGGACGAGCUCCCCGCCUUCAGCUUCCUGUCCUUUGACCCCAUCAUGGUGGCCGAGCAGUUCACGCUCAUGGAUGCGGACCUGUUCAAGAAGGUGGUCCCGUACCACUGCUUGGGGGGCAUCUGGUCCCAGCGGGACAAGAAGGGCAAGGAGCACCUGGCGCCCACCAUCAGGGCCACGGUGGCCCAGUUCAACUCCGUCACCAACUGCGUCAUCACCACCUGCCUCGGCAACCCCACGCUGAAGGCCAACCAGAGAGCUCGCCUGCUGGAGAGGUGGAUCGACGUGGCCCGGGAGUGUCGGAUCCUGAAGAACUUCUCGUCCUUACGAGCCAUCCUCUCCGCCCUGCAGUGCAACGCCGUCCACCGCCUGAAGAGGACCUGGGAGGAAGUCUCUCGGGAGAGCUUCCGCACCUUCAGAGAGCUUUCUGAGAUCUUCUCCGACGACAACAACUACUCGCUCAGCCGAGAGCUGCUAGUCAAGGAGGGCACUUCCAAGUUUGCCACCCUGGAGAUCAACCCCAAACGGGCUCAGAGGAGACACCAGCAGCAGAGAGACCUGGGAGUGAUGCAGGGGACCAUUCCCUACCUGGGGACCUUCCUGACGGACCUGGUGAUGAUGGACACGGCCAUGAAGGACUACACGGAGGGUGGUCUGAUCAACUUCGAGAAGAGAAGAAAGGAGUUCGAGGUGAUCGCCCAGAUCAAACUGCUGCAGCUGGCCUCCAACAACUACAGCUUCACGCAGGACGGACACUUCCGAGAGUGGUUCGCCGGCGUGGAGAAGCUGAGCGAGGCCGAGAGCUACCAACUGUCCUGUGACAUCGAGCCGCUGUCCGAGUCGGCCAGCAACACGCUGCGGGCCAAGAAGAACGGAGGAAUCAUGAAGCGCUGGAGCGAUCGUCAGCUGGCGGAAGGCGGUUCCGGCGCGGUGGGCUCUCAUUCCAAGUCCUUCGACCACGCCCACUUCAGGCCCUACCAAGGAGGCGGCGGGGACAGCGGCGACGCCCUCAGCGUCACCUCGGUCAGCUCCAGCGGGUCGGACCUGGAGGACGUCAACGCCAGCUUCCUGUCCGACUCCCCGGAGGGACACGAGAGGAAGACGUCCACGCCUUCCGUCAAACUUUCCGUUUCUGCGCUGGGAAGAGACGCUCCGUCUGCGGACACCGCCUCCACGUUCUGGGAGUGCACGUCCCUGUCCUCGCUGGACACGUCCGGGAUGGGCUCCAGCUCGGGCUCGGCCUCGGGUUCCAGCACGGCGUCGUCGUCCUCGGUGUCCUCGUCCACGCCGCUGUCGGCCUCCUCGCGCUCGCACAAGCGCUCGGCGUCGGCCGUGUCCAACUACUCCACGCUGUCGCUGCCGCUCUACAACCAGCAGGUGGACGACUGCUGCAUCAUCCGGGUCAGCCUGGACGUGGAGAACGGGAACAUGUACAAGAGCAUCCUGGUGACCAGCCAAGACAAGACGCCGGUCGUCAUCAGGAAGGCCAUGAUCAAACACAACCUGGAGCGGGAGAAGACGGAGGACUACGAGCUGGUCCAGAAGAUCUCUGAGGACAAAGAGCUCCGAAUCCCGGACAACGCCAACGUCUUCUACGCCAUGAACUCCAGCGCCAACUACGACUUCGUUCUGAAGAAGCGGGGGCCGGCGCGGGCGGCGCGCGCCAAGACGGUGGCCAGCUCCACGCUGCCUCGCAUGAAGCAGAAGGGACUGAAGAUCGCCAAGGGCAUCUUCUGAAGAGCGCCUUAAGGAGCACCUCAAGCACUCGGCGACCUUUGCUGCGUCGACAGGAAGUCUUGGCGGCUUUGUUUACAUGGCGGACAUUUUCCAAGCCACGCACUUUUUACGUGCUCGCCCCCCCGCCCCCCAAACCCCUUCCCGGCGUGGAGUGUACAGAAACCGUUCCUCGGGAGUUUGAAUGUGUCGCCGCGAUGUCCAAUGUUGGGCGGAGUCGCAUGGAGCGAGGGUGGGCGGAGCCCCGGCGACGGCGUUUCCCUCUCAAGACUUUGUACAGAUUGGCCUCUCCUCCGCUCUGACCACGGUGCUGCUAAUUCCCUCUCCAGGGGGCCAAUCGGCCGCUUCCGUGCGCCCGCCGCCAUCUUGGAAAACCUCCCGUACCUCAACCCCCGCCCCACACACACACACACAUUAAUCACUACAGUUCUUACUUACCACUCCCCUUUAUCUCAUCUUUAUGGGAUUCAAAUAUGAGCUGAUGGAAUGUUGACAUGAUGGCCUAAAAGGCAUUAUUAUUAUUAUUUAUAUUAUUAUUAUUUAGAUUAUUUAUUAUUUUUGUUAUUAUGAUUAUUAUUUUGAGGUAAAAAGUACACAAUUUGAAAGUUGAUAUUAUGAGACAAAAGUCAAAAUUGCGAGAUCAAAUUUAAAAAAAAGUAUUCGAUUAUUAGAUACAUUUUGUCAUUCAGAAUUGAGAUUUAUCAUUAAAUUAUGAGAUACAAAAUUUAAAUUAUGAGAUAAAAAAUAAUUAUGAGAUAAAAAUAAUUAUGAGAUAAAAAAUAUGAGAUAAAAAAAAUUAAAUAUGAGAUUGAAAAUUAAAAUUGAGAUUAAAAAUUUAAUAUGAGAAAAAAAAUUAUGAGAUUAAAAAAUUUAAAUUGCGAGAUUAAAAAUUGAAAUUGAGAUUAAAAAAUAAAAAAUUAUAUAAAAAAUUAAAAUGAGAUUAAAAUUUUAAAAUUAUGAAAAAAUUAAAAUUAUGAGAUUAAAAAAAUAAAAUUAUGAGAUUAAAAAAUCAAAAUUGAGUUUAAAUAGAAGUUAUUACAAAAAUUAAAAAUGACGAGACGGUAAUCCAAAUUCUGAAAUAAAAAAUACUAAUUUAAUAAGAAGUUAUGAGAUGCAGCAAGGUUCUGAGGAAGUUCUUCCAACAUGGCGGCCGAAGCCUCCCAAAAGAAGGCGUGUCUUGUCCUCUGGGGCGGAGGUGAAACAUUGCUAAGUGGGCUGAUGCAUUAUGGGAAAUGUAGGAAAAGCACCAGCUUGGAUUGUUAUGUUGUCUUCACUGCCACAAGACGUUGGCCUGAUGCCACUGCCGCCAUCUUUUGCCUUUUUUUUUUUUUUUUUUUUUUGCUUGGGUUCUUUAGUCGCGCAUGCCGCAUGGUCGCCAUGGUCGAAUGAACCGCGGUCCGAGGCGGCAAGUCCACGCGGUGACGAGCAGAUCACGUGACCCCGCCUCCACCCUCUGCCCCACGUCCAGCACUGUGAACACUCGACGCUUCGCCCGUGUGGUCGGGACGGGCACGGCGAGUAGCGGAGGUGCCAAAUUACAGUUUGGAUUUUUUAUUUUUAUUUUUUUUUACAUUUGUCCGGGGAAAAAAAACUGAUGAAAAGACUUGGGGAUUAAGUGUGAUGUUGAAAAGUUGUGGAUUUUUUUUUUUUAGCCGGCGUUUCCAUGGUGAUGAGGCCCCUGUGGUGCUCUGAUGUGUGUUUUGUUGCCCUCCGCCAUGCUCGGGUGCCAUUUUUCCAUCGGAACUAACAAAAAGAUAGACAACCUUUUUCUAACUUGCAGUCUCUUCUUUUAGUACUACCCCCCCCCCCCCCCCGCCCCCCCAAGAACACAAGAAUGAACACACACGUCCCAGGUGAUGUUUGAUUUUAUUUAUUGAUUUGUAUAUAUGAGCUUUUCAUUUGCAUUGUACAUUCCCUCCUCUCUUGGUUAUAGAUUAAUAUAUUAAUGUAUAUAUGAAUAAACAUAAAAGUUUAUAAAAGAAUAAAACGCUCGUUUGUCUCUCUGUUGCCUAUUUUUGCAGAUCUUAUUAUGAAAUUACAUAAAGUGCUAGGUUUUUGGCUUAAGUUGACAAUAAAUAAAUGAGUUAGUUAGCUUGCUAGCUCGCGACUGUCUCGAAUUGUAGUGUAAACAAGAGUGUAAAGUUGGCUAUGGGGUGUUCUCUCAUAUCUGCGGGGCUCUAACAAUGUUUAACGCCAUUUUUAGA